UUUCCAGAAAACAUGUGGAACAAUGUUGAGUUUUUGACAAGUGAUGACACAGGAAGUGGCCAGCUAAGCAUCCAUUCCAGACAAGAAUGUGGGAGCACGCUGUAUCAAAUGAAUGCGCUCAUCAAAGUCGCCGCAUCUGAAAAGGUUUUGUCAAACCCAGAGCUGUAUGCAGGUAGCUCGGGUGCCGGCUGCGUGGUGGCGGUGGACAGAACUGUGCUGGUCCUAGACAGCAUUUGCCAGUCUCUUCAGCUGUGCAUUCAAUUUGAGGCUGAGGUGGAUGUUGUUGGCUUGUGUCAAGAAGGGCAGUUUCUUGUGGCUGGAGAAAGAAGCGGCAACCUACAUCUUAUUCAUGUAUCUUCAAAGCAAACCUUGCUAACUAAUAAGUUGGUUCAAAGAUCUUCAGAUGGGAGAACUUACAUGAAGCUGAUUCUAGAAAAAGACAGUUCUGAUGGAGGUAUCUACCAUGCAUUUAUUCUCACAAACAACGGGUUCUUCUGUGUUAUGCACCUUCCACUUGCCAAAACUCAGGAAGCAAUUCACAAGAUGGACAUCGAUACUGCAAAGAAGUUGCAAGGGGAGGUGGAAAUGUGUUUUAUUUCAACGAAAGACUAUCAUACCUCUGGAUGCCUUACUUCUGUGGCUGAGCAAACAACAAACAGGAUCACACUAAUAAUAGGGGGUUUGGGCGACUGUGUGUUGUCUGUGUGGGAGGUGAAUCCAAGCAAAAAGUGGAUCGCAAUUCAGAAUGUUGCUGAAUCAAGUACAAUUACAGCUGCAAAAAGGCUUCAGGUUGUCGAUAGCUUGUUAUUUGUCUUGGAUAAUGAGAACGUGCUGUCAUUAUGGGAUGUUUACUCUCUUACCUUGAUUUGGAACUGCCCUACAGUUGAUAUUGAAGAAUUUCUUCUAACUUCAGAAUCGGAUUCCUCAGCGGUCUCCAGACAGGGAAUUGCUAGCCUGAAACUGGUUGCUUUGACAAAACCUGAGAACAACAAGCAGAUGAGAAACAUCGUCGUGUUUUCACUGCCAGCAAUGCACCAGCUGUACUCUUUGGAAGUAACAAAUACUUCUUCACUGGUUCAAAGUGGAAUUAAUACAGACACAAUAUAUUUUUUGGAAGGCAUGUUUGAAAAUAACCAAAAGUCAUCAGACGUGCCCAUUUCGUUUCUGGUAAUGAGAUGCUUAACAGAAGCCUUACCGGAGAAUAGGCUGAGCCGUUUACUUCACAAGCACAAGUUUACUGAGGCAGAGAAUUUUGCUGUUCAAUUUGGACUGGAAAUUGAGCUUGUUUACAAAGUAAAAGUGAGCUCUAUUUUGGAGAAGUUGGUUACAGAAUCCACUGCAGGAGGUGGACAAGCAGCUUGGUUAGACCUUGUAGCUCAAGCUAAAGAAACCUUGAAUAAAAUUAAGGACAACCAGUUUGUGCUUGAGUAUUGCAUAAAUAUGCCAUGGCCGACAUAUGAAACCGCCCAAGAAAUGCUGUACUAUGCUCGAAGCAGGGUCCUGAAAAGAGAUGCCACAACAGUUGUACCUCUCUUGGCUGGGGAUCCUGCAGCACUUUCAGAGGUGCUGAGGGCACAAGCCAAACUGACUACCUUUUAUGGAGCAUUUGGGCUGGAAAAAUACAGUGGAACUGCUUGGAUUGAAUUUCUGAACAAUCAGAACAUCUUCAAAGAAAUCCUUUCACAGCUAAAAGAAGGGAAUCUCUCCUGUGCACAGUACCUGUGGCUAAGGCAUCAGGCAGACUUCAAAAGUGACUUCAGCAUGGACAUGCUGGAUGACCUGCUUAGCACCGUCCGCACGGCAGUUUCCCGCAAAGAACUCUGUCGGUGGUUUAAGGAUGUGGUCAUUCCUUUCGUAAGGCAGGUUAUUCCGCAUGGACAGAGGAAAAUAGCAAAGUGGCUUGAACAAGGUGCACGAAACCUUGAAUUAACUGAUAAGGCCAAUUGGCCAGAAAAUGGCCUUGAGAUGGCACAGGUGUUCUUUAACAGCAAAGCUCCCGGUGAAAUUGGAUUGGCAUCUUCCUGCCACUGGGUUCCUUUUAAGGACAGUGAUGAGGAAGAGGUCUGUAGUGUAAAAGGGCUGGUCAGUGCGUUACAGGGCUUGGUAGACCUGUACAGAAAAUACAACUGCAGGCUGGCUCUAUGUGACUUUGAAAAGCAAAAUGCAAAUGCAAUCGUGUUUCGUAUGCUUGAUAAAGUUCUGGCGGCAGAGCUUAUUCCAGCAACUUUGGAGAAGUAUAUUGAACCAUACAUGUGUCAUCGUAAUCUGGAAAAAGAUGAGAUUCUCUUGCAGUACAUAAAGGACUUGCUGCAACGGUAUUGCACAAGGUCAACCUCCGUCUUGGACACGACCUGGGAAGCAAAGGCCAUCGCCGUCUUGGGCUGCAUGUCCAACAUAGAUAUGGUCCUUGAAGGGGUUCUGGAGAUAAUGCACGGCGCGGUGGUCCCCUGGAGCCCCGGAGUGGAACAGCUGGUGCAGCAGUACCUGGGCACAGAUCACGAAAAAGUGGCCCUGCUGCACGAAGGGUACCGCCUGAUGGAGAUGAAGACGCUCUUGCGGAGCUACGGCGUACGAGACACCAAUCUUUUGAACGAUAAGCAGAUGAUUCUGAUGUUGGUGAAGUACAUUCUUAAACAGGAGAAACCUUCUUCUUUGGAAGAUGCUCUGAAAUUAGUCAAUGCUUACAUGUUGCCCUCUGCAGAAGUCUAUCUUUGGUGGAUUGUGGACCUUAUUCAUAAAGGAAAGGGGGAGGAGGUCGUAACAUUACUGAAAUCUCUACCUGCUGCUGAAGCUCUGGAAGUUGCAGAGAAAAUGCUGAUAUGGGGAAGGCUGGUGCUGGAGACGCAGCUGGAUGACCAUGAGGAAGAGCAGCAGCUGCACCUAAAUGUGAAAAAUAUCCUCGUGGAGACCCUCAAAUUCCUGCUUAGUCACCAUAAAGAAAACCCUUUGAAGAAAGAAGAGUAUGGAGCAGACUUAAAGCUGUUUAAAGCUCUCACAGCCCUGCAGGAGAAUUUUAAUAUAUGCAUUUCAGUCAAAGAUUAUUGGAAUCCAUCACUCAUGUCUCAGCUCCUUGAGGAGAACAUUGAAAUCUACGAAAGAACGGGGAGAGCUAGAAAAAUGGAAGCCGGGGACGCCUGCUUGGAGGAGAGCAGCGUGAGGAGACCGUUGACCCGGCUGCGUCUUUACAGGCUGGCUUUGCUUCUCCGGAGGACAGAACAUGCGAUGGCGUCAGCGCUGGUGCUGAGAGCAUUCGAGAAUGGAAGAGUGGAAGAGGCCCUAGAGAUUUGCAGAUAUUUUUAUGAAUACUACCACAAUGAACAAACGGGAGAGUUGCUGUUUCUGGCGUGUCAAAAGCUUUGUCACAUGCUGUGUUCUGAUAGUUUGAUGGUUAUACCGGAAGGACUGAAUCUUCCUGCUGUGAUCAAAGAGAUGGCAUGCCAGGCGGCUGUACUUUGCAAUCCAGAUCUUUCCUUAGAUGUUUUAGAGCUUUGUAAAUACGCCUUGUUCGCCCAUGAAAUUUAUGGGAAGUGCCAAAUUGAAGACUACGGAUUUACAUCAAAGACGGCCUCUUUGGGAGCUGAUAAGGACCCUUACCUGGAGUGGACGUUCGAUAAUUUUUUCACUGAGGACGGGGCAGUGCUAGACUUCCCGGCUGUGCUGCCUUUCGCGUAUGAAAUCAUGUCUCUGAAUUUCCCUCCAGCAGGACGGGAGCGGCAUCCUCUGGAUUCUGCCAGCUUGGCACAUCGUCCUUUCGAACAAGGAAAGAGCCUGAGCUUCUCCUGUAGAAAUCCCACCUCUGCUUUGCUCAGCCGCCUGCAAGAAUGCAGUCAGUACGAGCUGGCUUUGGGGCUGACCAUCUCCUCAUUCAGGUCCUUCUUUCAACACGUGAUUUCAAACAACAUGGAUAUCGGUCUGGGUGAAAAGCUGCACGAUCGGGAAACGCAAGACGGCACGAGGGCGGUCCUGGUUACGGCGCUGCAGGGCUCCGCUUCAGAGGUCCGAGGCAUUGUCACGACCCUGCUGCACAAGAUUUUCAACAGUCACCAGAUAGAUCUCAAUCUGGCACUGGGUUACUGUACUCUGCUGCCCAAAGAAAUUAUAUUCGAAAAGCUGUGGGACAUCAUAAACAAAACGCCGCAAAAUUACACCAAGAUUCUAGCGGCUGGUCUUGUUGGAACACAGCUAGCCAGUCAGUAUGAAGAGACCAAGGAGAAGGAAGCGUUUGAAGAACUGAUUACGGAUGCUGAAUGGGGUAUACAGCUUGGCAAACUUGGUAUCUCUUUCCAGAAUUUAUUUAGAAUGCCGUCAGCAAGGAAGAAAGAGCUUCUGAAAACACUGGCUCAGCACCCGGAUGUGACUACAGAGCUCAUAUUAAAAUACUGCCGCACAUUCCUGUUGGAUACGGAUGCGGCGCUGCAGCUUUACAUCAAGACGCACGUCCAGAACACGGGCGCCGCUUGCGCCGAAGGAGGCCCUGCGGGGGACGCAGGGAAGCAGCAGAGGCGCGCCUGCGCAGCAGCCAGGGCUGCGGAGACCCUCCCUCUCCUGAGCAGCACCAGCGGCCUGGUGGCCAGUCUCAGCGCCAUGCUGCACAAGCUUGAUCCGUAUGACUACGAAACGAUUGAAAGCCUUCUCACCAUCAUAGAAAAAGCUGGAGGGAGAGCAAAAGGCCUUCCUUUGAAUUGGGCCUUGAUGCUUCUGAAGCACCUGAAAUCUUACAAGAGAAUUUCUGCGCCUGGCGAUCUGGAACAUCGGUAUGUCUUCGAACAAGCAAUCCCUCUGUCCCCGGCUGCUCAGACCAGACUGCCCUUCCAUUUGAUCUUCUUUCAAACGUCGCACUGCUUCUGGAAAAUCAUUUCUGCUGAGCUCAGUGAGGAAACAUUCCCAAAGCUGCUUUUGAUCUCCAAACUGAUGAAGGUCUCACUGGAUACUCUCUACAUGUCCGCAGCCAACCACGUGUUCCAAGGGAAGGUGAAGCCAAAACUGUUGGAACUGACAAGAAGCGGGCGUGUGCUCGUGCCUAACAAGGAGAUGGCCAAAACCAUGCAGGCCGUUCAAUCUUACCUGCUCUCAAUUGCGAACCCGGAAUGGGCCACGGCGCUCGCCCACAAGAUCGCACAAGAGCUUCCUGUGGGGCCCACCAAAGUCCUCGCUUUGAAAAUCUGUCUUGGUUUGGCGGAAAAAUGGCUGAAGAAUACUGCUGCAACGGAAGAUGCUCAUGAGAAGGCCCAAGCGCAUCUGAAGAACCUGCAGGUGCAACACCGGAGAUCGGCCACAGAGGCCGUGCUCACAGCCCACAAGCUGAGCUCCGAGGAGCAUCGGAAGCUCAUUGGAAAGCCGGCGAACCUGGUGAUCCUGCUCUACCAGCACCGCAGCAUAGCAGACCGAGCCCAGGACCCGAGCAGCAGGGACCACCCAGACAUCCACGCCGCAGCCAGAGAAAUAGCGGAGAUCAAUGACUUGGAUAUGAAGAAGAUCUGGGAUAUGCUGCUAGAAAAAUGGCUGUGUCCAAACACGCUCCCGACGGAUAAAACAUCAGACAUCUUUGAAAACGUCCACGAAGAUGAAGACUUCAAGAGAGUUCUCUACCUCCUUCAGCUUCAUCCAGUCGAUUACUCCUUAAGAAUCCUGUAUGAAUGUACAGUCUCUGCAGUGUCGCCUAUUGGGGUAAACCAGCUGACCUUUGCCCACAGAAGCCGGGCUCUCCGGUGUCUGCUGUGUUUGGCUGACCCUCGAGCUGUCGAAGCCCUCUUUAAAAAGCCCGUCAAGAAAGUCAAGCAUUUCCUGAAGUGCUUAAUUCAUCUCACGGUGCUCGAGAACCUGAAUAUUCCGUACACUUACGAAUCAUUUCAUAGCGCUCCCAAGGAAGGACUGAUCAAAGGACUCUGGAAGAAUCACAGCCAUGAGCCCACCGCUGUGAAACUCGUGACAGAGCUCAGCCUGGAGUACAGUGUAUAUAAUGCUCAGCUCUGGAAUGGCUUGCUGCAGAAGCUGAUUAGUUUCAACAUGAUUCCAUAUCUGAGGAAAGUUUUAGCAGAAAUUACUGGGAUCUAUUCAUUAUGGCAGGUUCCGUACUUCAGCAGAGCUUGGCGGACUGUUAUUCUGGCACCGUUUCUUUCAGCUUCGUGUCCAUCAAAUGCUGGUCAAUCGGAAGCAUGUUAUGAGUCAUUCAACAUGUUAUUGAUGUGCCCAGUCCUGGCUGACCUGGAUCUCACUGCGAUUGCAAGGCAGUACUCCAAGACGGGCCAAACGGCUUUGGCACUAGGAUGCCUCUUGCUGAUGCCUCAGCCUGAGAAAAGAUCAGAACAGAUUCAGGGCUUCCUAGACUUGUACCAACUGGAUACUGUGCUGCAGCAAGUCGAGUGCAUGAGCCUCUGUGAGGCAGCUGGCUUUGCAUCACAGAUUAGGAGCUUGAUUCUGGACUACAUAAUGAAUAAGAAAUAUGAGGAGUUUGCAAACCCAAAGUACUUCCCAUUAUUAAAUUUACCAGAGAUGGGUCCUGACAGAAUGAAAGGUCUGGUGGAAAAACUUGUCAAUAAGAACAGGAUGGACGACGCAGCACAUUUAAUAACAGAAUAUCUUAACAAAUCUGGAAAUUUUCUUCCACCAGAGAAGUCGUCUUCGGGUGUUGUGAAGAUGUAUUUCAGUGGAGAGCUGGCAUAGAUUGGAACACAAUUCCCAGAAGAACAAGAGGAAACAAGUUUCAGGAUUCCCAGUGUGCGAUGUAUAUAAAAUAAAGCUUU